UAAUGCCGCCCGCUCGGCCUCCAAACGCCGGCGCGGUCCGGUAGUGAAGCUGCAGCCGGUCGCUCCGGCCGCCUCGGAGCUUCUCUGCGCCGCUCGCUCCGCUCCCAGUCCGGCGCUGAGAAGCACAGACUCCGGUUUGGGGGUUUGCGUCUCCGAUCCAGCCGCCAUGCCAACUGUUCUUUGUUACAUUGUAGAGAAGAGAAGCCGCUCAGAUCGGAGUUAAAACCCGGCUAGAGUUUAGGAAUCACUCAAAUCCUGGAUCCUAAUUCCAACACGGAUCCCCAGGUUGGAAUAAUGGCUGAGCAGACCCCAGAUGAGUUCAUCUGGUGUGAGGACUGUGCCCAGUACCAUGACUCUGAGUGCCCUGAGCUGGGGCCCCUGGUCACCGUCCAGGACUCCUUCGUCCUCAGCCGGGCUCGAUCAUCUCUACCAAACAGCUUGGAGAUCAGGAAGGUGGGGAACAGAGAGGAAGGGGUGUUCGUCCUGCGCCGGCUGGUCAAAAGGACCCGGUUUGGACCCUUCGAGGCGCAGAGAGUCCCAAGUUUGAAGAAAGAAGGAGCUUUCCCUCUGAAGAUCUUUCAGAGAAAUGGCGCUGUGGUGUGCUUCGACAGUAGCAGCGAGGACGACUGCAACUGGAUGAUGCUGGUGCGACCGGCCUCUGAUCACAAACACCAGAAUCUGACCGCCUACCAGCAGGACGACGACAUUUACUUCAACACCUCCCAGGAUGUGCUCCCUGGGACGGAGCUGAGAGUCUGGUAUGGCGCUUUCUACGCCAAGAAGAUGGAGAAACCCAUGCUGAGGCCCCCACUGCAACCGCCGCUGCCCCCACCAGAUGUUUCAUCGUCUUCUGCUAAAACGGAGACCUUAGACAGAAGUGGAGCCUGCUCGCCUCAGAAGGCUGAAGACAACAGUAUGACCCCAGAUCACAGCAGCGAGGUUGUUUCACCGCAGCCCCACGAGGAGAGCACGGCUCACCCUGAUGUAGAGGAAGGGAAGCCCCACGCAGCCCAGCUUAGCCGGAAAAGAGGGCAGGGCCGUGGGAGGAGAGCCAGGGGCCGCAGGCCGGGAGCUGCUGCUCCAACAAGCAAAUUCAAAGAUGUGAAGCCCGCGGUGAUAAGCCUGCAGCCGGUGGCCUCAGAGGCAGCAACGGCGGCGUCGGAGAGCGGCGGCCUUCCCAGCUCCUCCAACAGUGUAGCCGUCCAAAAGAGGCACAAAGCCAGAGAGCAUAAGAGGGUUUACCGCUGCUCCCUCUGCAGUAAGGUCUUCCAGAACAGCAGCAACUUGAACCGACAUGUCCGAUCCCACGGUGAUAAGCUGUUCAAAUGCGAGGAAUGCGAUAAGUUAUUCAGCCGUAAGGAGAGUCUGAAGCAGCACAUUUCCUACAAGCACAGCAAGAAUGUGCCCGACCAGGAGUACAAAUAUAAAUGUAACACGUGUGAGAAAUCCUUUCGCAUGGAAAACGCCUUAAAGUUCCACAACUGCCGGACAGAUGACAAGACGUUCCAGUGCGACAUCUGCUCUCGGUUCUUCUCCACCAACAGCAACCUCUCCAAGCAUAAGAAGAAGCACGGCGAGAAGCUCUACUCCUGCGAGAUCUGCAACAAAAUGUUCUACCGCAAAGACGUGAUGCAGGAGCACCACAGGAGGCACAGCGUGGGGCCCAAACAGAUGAAGAAGGAGGAGCUAGAGGCUAACGGAGAAGAAGGGACCAAGUACAGGAAGGAGCCGUCUCCUUGUCCCAUCUGUGGGAAGGUUUUCUCCUGCAGGAGCAACAUGAACAAGCACCUGCUGACUCAUGGGGAUAAGAAGUACACCUGUGAGAUCUGCGGACGCAAGUUCUUCCGUGUGGACGUCCUCCGGGACCACAUCCACGUUCACUUCAAGGACAUCGCCUUAAUGGACGAGCAGGAGAGAGAGGAAUUCAUCAAGAAGAUCGGCAUCUCGCCGGAAGACAGCGACGAAACGGACGAGGAAGACGAGGAGGACGAUCCCGAGCAUCACAAGUACAACUGCAAGAAAUGUCAACUGUCGUUUGCCAGAGGCAAAGAUUACCUGAAACACAUCAUGGAGCAACACAAGGAGAAAGGCCACAGCUGUGGGAUCUGCAACCGCCACUUUGCACUGAAGGCAACGUACAACGCUCACCUGGUCAUCCACCGAGAGCAGCUGCCUGACCCCGCCGUGCAGAAGUACAUCCAUCCCUGUGAGAUGUGUGGUCGGAUCUUCAACAGCAUCGGCAACCUGGAAAGACACAAGAUUAUCCACACAGGGGUAAAGAGCCACGGCUGCGACAAAUGCGGCAAAUCCUUCGCCAGGAAGGACAUGCUGAAGGAGCACCUCAGGGUUCACGACGACAACCGGGACUACCUGUGUGCCGAGUGUGGCAAAGGAAUGAAAACCAAACACGCUCUGAGGCACCACAUGAAGCUGCACAAAGGCAUCAAAGAGUACGAGUGUAAAGAAUGUAACCGCAAGUUUGCCCAAAAGGUCAACAUGCUGAAACACUACAAGAGACACACAGGUGUUAAGGACUUCAUGUGUGAAUUAUGUGGAAAGACGUUCAGUGAGAGGACGACCUUAGAGACUCACAAGCUCAUCCACACAGUGGGAAAGACGUGGAAAUGUGAACACUGCGAUAAGAAGUACCUGACAGAAUACAUGCUGCAGAAGCACAUUCACCUGACCCACGAGAAGGUGGAGGCCCAGUCCUGUCAGUUGUGUGGGACCAAGGUGUCGACCCGCGCUUCCAUGAACCGCCACCUGCGUCGCAAACACCCAGAGCUGGCUCCUGUGAGAUUCGACGAGUUUGAUGAUCUUCAGGAAAACUCAGGCGUCAGUAAUUCAUCCAUCAGUAUCGAACAGCCCACCCUGUCCUUAGAGAAGGACAGCGUGCCCCCAGAGAAGCCGCUCCGACCCCCCCGGCACUCCAAGAAGAGGCAGAGAGUCGCGGUGGAGCCGGAGCUCUCGGAGUCCGACGACUACGCCGACUUCACCGAGCAGAGGCACACGGAUAUGUCUGAGUUUAACACCGUCAUCGUUGGUGAUGAAACGGAAACCAGCUCUGCUGUGCAGAGCAUCCAGCAGGUGGUGGUCCUGGCAGACCCCAACGCCCCAUCAGUCCCCUCCGCCAGCAGCUCGGUCGGACUGACCAACAUCACCGUCACCCCGAUCACCAGCCAAGCCCAGUUCACCAGCCUGCAGCCGGUGGCCGUGGGCCACCUGACCGCCACCGACCGCCCGCUCACCUUGGACAACUCCAUCCUCACCGUCACCUUCGACACGGUCAGCGGCUCCGCCAUGCUCCACAACCGACCCACCGAACUCAUCCCAGAGACGGUGGGCCCCAGCGGCGCCCCGGCGCCCCAGUCUGUCGCACAUUUCAUCAACCUCACCACUCUGGUUAACCCCAUCAGCCACCAGCUGGAGGCGCCCGCUCUGGCCUGGAGGCAGGUACCGGUGCCUGAAGGCAGCCAGGUGACCCACAUGGCUGGGGAGACUGAGGGGGGCCAUAACCAGGGUCCAGAUCCGGGCCAGAGCAGCCAGGCUGCCUCCCAGCAGCAGCAGAGCGGCUCGGCUCAGCAGAUGUUCGGCUACUGAGCCCAUCCUGGAGGUGCAGGUCGCCUCACACCCAGACUCUGCCGCACAGAAGAUGGAAAUCCUUCUUUUCUGUAACACACCGCUGUCCGUCAGAUGCCUCUCCUGUCCGGUGGAAGUUCAAGCUUUUGGUUUCCUUUUAAUUCUGACAGAGCCAUGCAGCUGCUAAUCAAGCAUGUGAGAAACGGUACGACGGGCCAGAAUCCCUGACAGUGGAAACCAAAGCUGACCCCUCAGACAUCCAGCCUUAUAAAGCAUGCCUGUGGUUCACGUAAAUGUAUGAAAAAUGUUUCAAAAGAAAGAACUUUAUGUUAAAGUUUACUGAUGAAAUCUUAUUUUUCUGAUCCAUGUAAACUGUGGUCUUUGUUUUUCUAAAAGAAAGUUGUUUUUCUGUUUUUCAUUUCUGUUUUUCUGGAGCUGUCAAAUUCACGAACUCUGCACCAAAGCUUUUCACUUUGCACCGAUUUCACAGGAAAUUAACAUUUUAUUUUAAAUAAAUAGGUGAAAACAAGGAUUAUAUGGGACAGGUGUCCUCCCAUUUGGCAUAGAGAGGACAUUAUGUUCAACUCGAUGACUGAAAACCAGAAUCCUCAUCACUCAAUUCAGUUUAUUUACAUAUCGCCGAUGCACACAUCAUCUUAGGGCACUUUACAGAGACAGUUCAAUCACUUCGAUCAGUUAAAAGUUUUCUGUCUAAAGAAACCCAGCUGAUUGUAUCGACUCAUUUACUCCACAGCAAUCCCUCACAACAGUGUUUUCGUCAACGAUGAUGAAAUUAUUUCAAUGCCCCAUUUUUUUUAUGACGAUAACGAAAACUGACAAGCUAAACGUCAAUCUUUGAUGAAAAAAACAUGUUGAGUCAUAGGUGUGAGAUUUCGUUGUUGGGACGUAACUAUAUAGAAAUGUUUGGGGGUGUUCUGUCACAUUUAAAAAGCAUCCUUGUGCUGUACUCUGCUUAGCAGUAUCAGCAGAGCUGCGGCGUCCUGUUUGGUCACGCCGCCCGCCUGGCGUUCAGCGGUGCACUUUCUGCAUGACCACAGGUGGAUCAUGGCAGCAGCGGCUGGGAUGAAAAUAAUCUGGAAUGGUGCGGUGCUGUGCACUGAACUCUGACAAACCGUUUGUGCUUGUGCAAAAAAUGCAUCUUUGCACACGCUAGCUUGGAGUCCACUCUGAUGGUUCGCUCUGAGCAGUAUGGCUCUUCCUGCCCUCGCUACCUAAUAAACUAUAUGUGGCUGAUCAUCCUCUGCUAAGCAUAAAAAAAACCAGCUCACAAGAGGUGAUGCUAAACAUUUCUACCAAAAGGAAUCCCUU